AUGAACUUUGACAUGCCGGAGAACACACUGCUAAACCAUAUUCUAUUGUUCGGUGGCAUUCAGCUUACUACCCAGGAGUGGAGAGACUUUCUCAAGACUGCCGAUGAUAGAAAUGAACUGUUCAGAUGGAAGUCAGAUGGUCGAGGUGUCGUGAACUGGAUUGAGGCAUCGCCACCUGUUCAAUCCCGCAACCCACCUUAUAUCAUCAAACCGAUCCCAAUAGACUUAGAUGAUUUUAAAGAUCUGGCCACAACCUAUUUGAAUUGGAGCACAAUCUUUAACGACAUUGAUCUUGACUAUCUACUUCGACUGAUAACGCGAUAG